AUGUUCGCCAUUCGUCGAAGUCAUGGCAUUCCAGAAGAGAUCGUACGAGCCAUUCGUGUCCUCUAUGACGAUUCAACAAGUAAUGUCUUCGUAGACGGUAAAUUCUCCAAAGAAUUCAAGGUCUCAACUGGCGUUUUGCGAGGAGACGCUCUAGCACCAUCUCUAUUCAUAAUUGUCAUGGAUUAUGUAAUGCGAGAGGCAGAAGGAGAGUUUGGAUUUGUCACCCAUCUACGACAGCCCAGAAGAAUGCCAGAACAGCGCCUCAACGACCUCGCCUACGCCAAUGACAUCGCCCUACUAGAAGGAAGUCUCAUUCGAGACCAACACCAACUUGACAGAACAAACAACAGCGCACUCAAAGCAGGUCGCGAAAUAAAUGUUGGUAAAACAAAACGAAUGGAACUCAAUACCUCAAAUGCAGCACAAGGUACACUCACGCUAAACGGUGAACCAAUCGAACUGGUAGCCGACUUUAAGUAUCUUGGCUCGAUUAUGGCAUCGUCUAAAAAAGACAUAAAGCACCGCAAAUCACUCGCAUGGGUAGCAUUUUGGAAAAUGGAAACCAUCUGGAGAGCAAAGCAAACCCGCUCUCUCUCAAAAUCCCCUUCUUUGAGGCCUCUUGCACCGCGAUUCUACUGUACGGAAGUGAAACAUGGAUUCUCACACAGCAGCAAAAGAAAAGAAAUCGACAGCUUUGCCACCGACUGCUAUAGAAUCAUGUUACGCAUAAAACGAAUCUAG